AUGGAAGUGAGACUUUAUGUUGCUGAUACAAUCUUAUUUAUUGUUACCAUUUUAUCAAAUGAGAAACUUGAAGAAUUAUACAACUUUUUCAAUAAUUUUGUAAUGGAAUUUUUAGUUGAAGCAUUAAUGAAAUCAAAAAGCAAAAGAUCUUUUGUUAAAAGAAUACUUGAAUUAAAAGAAAAGAAUGCAAUUGUGGCCAUUGAAGCAGCUGAUGCUGUGGCUGAUAUUAUUGGCCUUAUUUUUGCAAAAUCUAGACGACAAGUUCCAUUAGAUCUAGCAUUAGAAAUUUUUAAUGUUAUUAGAGAAAUGCAAUCAGAAAAGACAAUUGAAAUUACUGAUGAUAAAGAUGAGUUGACACCAUAUGAAAUUCUGAUCAACAAAACAACAUGA